GGGCAAUGGGUACAAUUUGAUCCGAUGGUACAUUAUUAUUAUGAUGAACAAGGACAAUAUCACUACUAUGAUCCAAACACUGGCCAGGAAUAUGAUUAUACUCAAUACGCGUAUCAAAAUAAUUACGAUCCACAACAGCAAUAUGAUAACACUUCCUCUGGCGCUCAACCGGAAAAUAAUCAAUCAGCAGGUUCAACUUCUACUCCGGAUUUCUACAAUCUCACUGGAUCUCGUACAGCUACUCCUCAACUUCCUGUGGAAUCAACAAUCAUUUGUCUCAAUCCUUCCUGUCAAUCAGUGAAUAAAGCAACGUCCAAAUUCUGUGAAGAGUGUGGGACACCUUUUAUUACCAAUGGAUCUCGGGCACAAACACCUGCAAUUCCAACAGUACCAACAUCACCACCAGCCGUAGUAUCAGCAGCAUCAACAUCUACAAUGUAUGACCCAUCUUCUUAUCAACCAACAACACAACCCCCUGUGGACCAAGAUCCUCUACAACGAUACAAGAGACGACCUCUGGUUCGGUUUGGCUUUGGUGGAAAACUCUGCGUCAUGUUUCCACAAACGAUACAUCAGCAAUAUGGUGGUGGUUAUGAUAUCGGAAUGUCGGCCAAGAAAACAUCAAGUACAAUUCAAAUAAAAAACAUAUCGGAAAUAUUAGAUGGUACCUCUACACAGAUGGCAUGUUUACAAUCAUUUAUUGGACCCGUACUAUCAGACCCUGAUUAUUCGGUGAAGAACAAGAAGAAACAAGUUAUUACAUACAUGAACAACCGGAUUACAGAGCUUGAAACAUCAUCUACAAUGACUAACUCCACAUUAGAUGUUGGGACACGAUUAUUGUUAUGGAAACUGGUGAAAUUUAUGAUUGAACAUGAUGGAUCUAUUGGUGACAGUGAUGAAUCGAAUAAAGCACUUUUGGAUUUGUUACAGCCUCAAACAAAGUUAACAACAGCAGAUAUGAACAACUUUAGUGUGCCAGCCUAUGGUAAUAUUAUACAAAAUCAAGAGGAUCAGCAAGGACAAGAUUUAUCAGAAAUUACUUUGGAUAAAUUACAAGAUUACUUAGCUCGAGGGGAUCGACGAGGUGCUGUUGCUUAUGCUAUGCAACAAGAUUUAUGGUCUCAUGCGCUCAUCAUCAGUAGCUGUGUGGAUAGAGAACUAUGGCAAGCAGUGGUUCGUGGAUUUUCACAACGUGAAUUGGCAGUGACAGCAAACUCCAAACAAGAACGAAUUCAUCAUCAUAUGGAAGGCAAUCGUCAAGGACUUCGGGUACUUUAUGCACUAUUUUCAGGCAUGGGAGCAUCAUCAAGUAAGUAUAAAAUUGCAAAAAAAAAAAAAAAAAAAAAAAAAAAAGUACAUAGUCCUCUUCAAAUAGGUCAAUUAGACAAAUGGCAAGAAACACUUGGAUUGAUUCUCGCCAAUCGAACAACAAAGGAUUUUGAAGCUAUUACUGCGCUCGGUGAUAUUAUGAAAAAUCAUGGAUGGUUAAAUGCUGCUCAUAUUUGUUAUCUUUUAUCACCACAAUCAUCACUUCUAUCUGGGUCGGAUACACCUUAUGUACGAUAUACACUUCUUGGAACAAUGGAUGAACAAAAAGCGUUGAUGGAUGUGGAUAGUUAUUUAUUGACAGAGCUUGCGGAAUUUGCAAUUUCUCUUCGACCAGGUAUUGGCAACAGUAAAUGUCUUCCGCACUUACAAGGCUACAAACUGAUGCAUGCAUGGUGGCUGGUGGACAUUGGACUUGUGAAAGAAGCUAGUAGAUAUUGUUCGGCUAUCAAUCAAUGUAUCAAAGAUUAUACCAAAGAAAGUCCUUAUUUACAUCAACAUCUAGUGGCAAAGGUGAAAGAACUGACCGAUCUUUGUAACGAAUACCAUGGAAAUAGAAGCAUAGGGUAA